AUGCCUGACGUUGAAUGCAGCCGUCCUCAGUUGAAAAAGAAGGCGGAUCUGCAGCACGCGCAGCGGCUGGCGUGGGAGGACCGCGAGAGGCAGGCACAAAUGAGGGUGAAGCUUAAAGAGAGGGAGCGCAUGAGCCAGAUUGCCGAGAAGGCUGACAGGCAGGCGCAGGUGGAGCGGAUGCGGCGGCAGGCGCAACUCAUAAUGCAGGAGAAGCUGGAAGAUAACAGGCAGAAGCUGCAGAGGAAGCUGGUGGAGGCGGAGUUGCGAGCGGAAGCAAAGCACAGGGAGAAGAUGGAGAUGCAGGAGGCCGAGAGGCUCCGCGCUGCCCAGGUGGACCUCCGCAGGGGGGAGAUAAGGGAGAUGAGCGCCGCCAACGCGGAGUACCGGCGGCAGGUCCUCGUGGCCAAGCAGAUGGCCAUGGAGGACGCUCUGAUGCGGAAAUCGGAGGAGAGGAAGGCGGAGGAAGCAGCCCGUCGCCAGCAGGAGGCCCUGAGGGAGAAGCGCCGAGAAGAGGCCAGGAGGCGUGCGGACGAGGAGCAGCACUCCAGGACUGUGAACUUCUACAUGAAGCAGCAGCGAAAGGAGGAGGCACUGGCAAGGAGGAGGCAGGAGCAGGAAGAGGCCGUCAGAGCGAAGUCCACGGCUUCGAUGCGAAGGCACGAAUUCAUCGGAUCCAAAGUACAGGAGCAGGCAGCCAGGGACGAGGAAGACAGGGAUCGGCGCCUCACAAAGAUCCUGGACAAGAUGGACAGGGCGGACAGGCUCCAAAUGCAGCGGGAUCACGUGCUCCAGGCCCUGCAGGAGGCGCGAAGGGAGAUGCGCAUGCAGGAGGAGCAGGUGCGCCAGAAGCUGGAGCGCAUGGAGAGGACGGGGAGGCUGGAUGAGCUGGACGAACUGGACGUUCUGGGGCUCAGCUCGCACGGAGUGUCAGCCUUCCUGGAUUCUCUCAAGACGCAAAGGCCGCGCUCUGCGCCUGCGAGAGGACGACCAGCCCCCAAGCCACAUCGAGCUCAGUCAUCUUCGCGAUUCUGGGACCCCAGCUCGUGGGGCCAGGAGACCCUGGCUGGCGAGACCAUGUUCCCUCCGGCUUCCGCCGGGCUGAGCGAACUGGAGUUGUACGACACCGUCGCAGAUGGCCUCGGAGAGACGGCCAAGAGCGAGGGCGAGUGCAUGGCCACGGGGACGCCGGAUUGGGAAGAGCAGAAGGUGAAGGAGGCGCUGGAUGGGGAGGUGGCGAAAGAAAUGGAAAGGCAGAGUCUGCUCACGCAGGUAUCGGACCCGCAGGAGCUGGAAAGGUUGCAGAUGCUGUUCGCAUUGGAGCGGAAGAUAGCCAUCGAGAAGAUCGAGGAAAUGAGGGCCGGCGGCGUUUCAGAGGACGCAGGCGCAGACUCUCCGGGUCGACCGUCAUAUAGUGCCACGUGGGCGUAA